AUGGAUGAACUACUGCAGAAGCUUAACAAAUGGCACAUCCUUAAAGAGCAGCAUGUGGCUCUUGUCUACAACAGAAGGAAAAAAGAAGUUGCAAAGAUGAUCAAAGACAUUAUAACAACAAGAAACAUACAAAUGCUGCAUGAAGUGCUGAAGAGCGAUGCAGACAAAUGCGAAGGCCUCGAGGGCUUUCUCGGCCAUGAGUUCAGAAGGGCCAUACAGCUGAACAACGCAGACAGAGUCAGUGCAAUAAUCGAAUGUUUUGCGAUUGUUGGGUUCGGUGAAGAAUGCACCAGAGAAAGUCUUAGGCAUGCACUGGUUGAACAUCUUGAUGAUGUCUGCUCUAAGAUUGGAGAGAGGAGCAUCUGUGCAAGGAUUGAAGCACUGGAGAAAUUGAGCAAAUACGACAUUUGCGAUGGAAUGAUGAUAAACAAGUAUAUCAAGCAGAAGAUUGAUGCUGAGAUAACAAUGUACAUGGAUAUGUGCUUGCUGGAUACGCCAGCAAAAAUUGAUAGAUGGCUGAAUGAGAUGAGAAGUGUAAGGAAGUAUAAGCCAGAGAUAGCUGAAUUGUACAGAGACAUGGAGAUUGGGUAUGUGCUGAUGAGUCUUGAAGUUAUUCUGGGCAAAGAUGCAGAUGCAUGUAUGGCAGAGGAUGUGGAGUAUCUGAUCAGAAAGGUAAUCAAGAGAAGCAUGGCGGUUGGAGUUGAUAUUAGGGAAGAUGUCUGUAGGAUAAUAAGAGCAUCUGGUCAGGCACUUGAUGAAGAGCUGACUAAGAUAAUAGGAGGGAUACUGGAUGAUGCAGAAGAACGGGAUGUGCGAGGAUCAAUGAGUAAGCACAUGAGUAACGUAUGA